CCUGCCCAUGUCUCUACCGUGUUCCCCUGUCAUAUGUCACCCGUUCCUUCUCCUUGGAAGUAUAUGUCCUGCUCAACAAAAGCGCUGCGUUGCACAUGGGCUCUCUCUCUCUCUCUCUCUCUCUCUCGCUAUAAUUUGGUUUUCCUGCCUCUGCUCAAGCUUCUUCUGACUACCAUUAAUCGCUUUUAAGUCAACCACAGAGAUAUCAUCCGAAAUACUCUCCCUCUCUUUGCUUUUGGCACGUUUCCGUUGUCCCUUUUGAGUUUUUGGGGGAAGAGAGGGGAUUUGGAACGUGGGAAAUGGCGGAGGAGGGAACUGGUGAAGUUACUGGUCCAUUUCGUCGGGUUCUUCUCAUCUCCGCUGGUGCUAGUCACUCUGUUGCUCUUCUUUCUGGAAACAUUGUUUGUUCUUGGGGAAGAGGAGAGGAUGGACAAUUAGGCCAUGCAGAUGCCGAAGAUCGAUUUUUGCCUACUCAAUUGAGUGCAUUGGAUAGCCAUGAAAUUGUAUCUGUUACCUGUGGAGCUGAUCAUACAACUGCAUAUUCUCGGUCACUUCUGGAAGUGUAUAGCUGGGGGUGGGGUGACUUUGGGAGGUUGGGCCAUGGAAACUCCAGUGACUUGUUCACUCCUCAGCCAAUAAAAGCAUUAAAUGGUUUAAGGAUAAAGCAAAUUGCUUGUGGGGAUAGCCACUGCUUGGCAGUGACUAUGGAAGGCGAGGUGCAGAGUUGGGGGCGAAACCAAAAUGGUCAACUUGGCCUUGGCACCACAGAGGAUUCUCUUGUCCCACAGAAAAUUCAAGCAUUUCAGGAAGUCUCUAUCAAAAUGGUUGCUGCUGGUGCUGAACAUACUGCCGCUGUUACAGAAGAUGGAGAGCUAUAUGGAUGGGGCUGGGGCCGAUAUGGAAACUUGGGCUUGGGUGAUAGAAGUGAUCGCUUGGUUCCUGAGAAAGUUUCUGCCAUUGAUGGUGAGAAAAUGAUUAUGGUAGCUUGUGGAUGGCGGCAUACAAUAUCUGUUUCCUCUUCAGGGGGAUUAUACACUUAUGGCUGGAGCAAAUAUGGCCAACUAGGACAUGGGGAUUUUGAGGAUCACCUUGUUCCUCACAAGCUGGAAGCCUUGCAUGACACUAACAUUUCUCAGAUAUCAGGUGGUUGGAGGCAUACUAUGGCACUUACAUCUGAUGGAAAACUUUAUGGCUGGGGUUGGAAUAAAUUUGGACAGGUUGGAGUUGGUGACAAUGUCGAUCAUUGCUCUCCUGUACAAGUUAAAUUUCCCCUUGAGCAGAAAGUAAUUCAAAUCACUUGUGGAUGGAGGCAUACACUUGCUGUUACUGAAAGGCAAAAUGUAUUUUCUUGGGGAAGAGGCACCAAUGGACAGCUUGGGCAUGGAGAAUCUGUUGACCGGAACAUUCCAAAGAUCAUAGAGGUUUUGAGUGUUGAUGGAUCUAGUGGACAACAGAUAGAAUCCUCCAAGGCUGAUCCAUCAUCAGGCGAAACUUGGGUCUCACCGUCAGUGAGAUAUGCAGUUGUUCCUGACGAAACUGUCCAAGGGCAAACAACUGUUCCGAUCAGGGGUAAGGGGAGUGAUGCGAGCGUCCCUGGAAAUGAUGUCAAACGUGUACGACUAUGAUAUUCUAGAUAUCAAUGCAAUGGUAGAUUCAGCUAACUUGCUGGCUUUUAUAAACAACCAAUCACCAUUUUGGGGACAAGGCAACACCAUGAAAGACACGAUGAUGCUGUCAUUUUCUAGAACUGUAAAUUCUGAUGUGCUGUAACGACCUGGGUUAAAUAUUUCUAAGGUCGGAAUAUAGAUAAUCUUAUUGGACCUAAAUUAGAUUUAAUGGGUCAUUUCAAAUUAGUUGAGAGACUAUUAUUUAUAUCAUAUGGAAUCCAAAUUAGACA